AGGCGUGGCCCUAUCGAGCCCACACGGGCCGCCGCCGCCGCCGGCCGCGCACGUCAUGCAUGCGGGGUCCUAGCACGCGCGCCCGCCUCAUGGGCACCGUGCUCAGCUUCAGCCCGCGCGAGCGGCGCCCGCCCGCCGGCGCGCCGCCGCCUGACCGCGCCGCGCUCGCCUACUCCUACGAAAGACUCAACAACGCCAAAAACAGAGAGAACAGGGAAGCUCCCCGCGACGAGCGCCGCGCCACCCUCGACGACGCCGCCAAAAUCAUCUCCGAGAAAACGGCGCUAGAGAAAAACUUGAAAAAGCACUCGUUGUUCAUAAACGCCUUAUCCUGGAAGAGGUUUUCAACGGCCAAUAACAAUAAGAAGAAGUUAGAAUGCAAGACGAAGAGCGUGACGACGUUCCGAGCGCCUUUAACAGACAAUGCACCCUUGGACAGGAACAAGAAUGUGAGCGUUCAGGGGACGAUAUACGCGCGGCCCGCGCCCGUCGCGGCGCCGCUGCCGCCACCAGCCGAGGUCGCGCGGACUAACGCUCUAAACAACAAUGUCUGCUACUCGGAGAAGCUGCCGACGACGGCAGUGGGGCCGGCGGUGGCCCCGCGCAAGACCGUCAUCCAGGCUUCUACCUCCGAGCUGCUCAAGUGCCUGGGGAUGUUCCUGCACACACGCUGUCACCGGCUACGGGACUUCCAAGCGGGUGAUGCGGUGAUGUGGCUCCGGACGGUGGACAGAUCGCUGCUGUUGCAGGGAUGGCAGGACGUGGCAUUCAUCAACCCCGCGAACGUGGUGUUCGUGUACAUGCUGGUCCGCGAGCUGGUGGACGGCGAGCGCAUCGCGCGCCCGCAGGAGCUGCAGGCGGUCGUGCUCACCUGCCUCUACCUCUCCUACUCCUACAUGGGCAACGAGAUCUCCUACCCACUGAAACCUUUCCUCGUUGAGGACUCCAAGGACAAGUUCUGGGACCGCUGCCUUCUCAUCGUCGACCGGCUCUCUUUCAACAUGCUCCGCAUCAACUCCGAGCCAGGCUUCUUCACUGAAGUGUUCACAGAACUGAAGGCUUGCGGGGCCGUCGAGAGCCCGCCCCCCGCGCCCGCGCACCCGGCCCCCGCUCCGCCGCACGCCAUCUCGGCCGCCUGACACACCGAGGUCGCGGUGCUGAGGUUAGCCCUGACUGACCGCCCCAGUCGCGUUUGAUGUCGGCUCUACAUGACCGCUCUUGUUCAAUCGUCUGACACCGAACGAGCACGGACGGCUUUAGAUAAAGGUCUCCGGGUUUAGGAUAGCUCCACACGAGCCAAUUAAUAACUUCUAAGUGGAGUGUUCUUGUAGUUACGUCUGAACUGUUUGGAGAAUGUAGUGAAAUUGAAAGAUAUUUAUUUGUAGGUAAAGGUGAAGGAUCCUGAAAGCUUUGGUAGAAAAUACUCAUUUUUGAAUUUAAACUGAUGUUAAAUGAACAAGUUUAUGUUGUUCGAAGUGCAGCAUGAUAUCGACGUUGUUAUUUGCUCAAGAAUGUAAUCCCGCCGUGACGAUUGACCAAGAAUUUAUUUGAAAUCGUAUACAUUCCAUAGGACUGGUGAGCGCGAACGGGGGAAGAAACCGCGAUGAGUGAUUGAUCUAAAAAGUUUGUAAAGCAACGAGCCGCUAAUAAUUAGAGCCUUUAAAAGUUAAUAAUUAGAGCGAAAGUUCCGUGUCAUAUCGAUCGUGGAAAUUCAGCUGCUACGACUGCAGACCACGUUCCGGAACCAACGACAUACGCCAUUAACACGACUCGCGUUUGUUCGUUCGUCCUAUUUACAGGGCCAGAUAACUUACACGUGCCGUAUCGACUUUGACUGCUGCAUUUUACAUAAUUAAUGUCUGUAAUGUUAUUGUAGCUAAUUGGUCUGGUAAAGACACUUUCUGGAGCCGCUGCGGAGUGGCGUUUAGUCCAAUAGACAGCGCGGUUAGUUAGUAAGUUAAGAGUUUCGUAAUGUAGUGAAAUGCUCGCAUGCCAUAUAACUAGUUAGUGUAGAAGCAGGCGGGAGGAUGCAAUAGCGGGGAACCGUCAGUAAAAUAAAGGAAUCCGGUGAAUCCUUCUAUGAAGUGUACGUAAAUACGGCCGUCAGCUUAAAGCGGGGCGAUCGAACCAUUGGUUGAAGUAUAUUUAACAAAUAGGUCAAAUAUUGCGAACGAUUAAGCGUUUUGUACAGUAAUAUCGAAUAAAUUUAUAUGUUAAGUCAUAAAUAAGUAGUCUGGUGUGGUUAAAUGGGGUUGGUUUGUUCGGUGUGGAAAGAUGGGCGGAGACCUAGGGCACUCGGUGUGACUCGACCACAGGCCUGGAUAACUAGUUAAUGAAUUUCGAAUCGUUGGUCGUACAUAACGAACGCAAUAGCCUAAAUAUAUACUCAAGAAAAUGAUUGAUUUAGAAAGAUGACGUACUUAAAGCUGGAAUUACACUAGAUAUGGCAGUCGCCGCGUACAUGCGCCCAUGCGGUAAAUUUUCAGUAUACCGUAUGCGUAUGCGUCAGUCGCAUGCGGCGACCGCAGUAAUGUAAUUGCGGUAUUAAACUCAAGUUAAUUAUGUAUUUCUAGUCAGCGUUUAUUGUUUUCCUUAAGAAUUAGUUUCUUGAAAUGAUUGUGACAUAAUAUAGCUUAGAGGAAUUAAUCAAAGCGGAUAUUUAGAUCGAUUCAGGAAAGCUGGCGCGGAUUUUAAGCGAGAAUUUGGACAUUUCAGUACGAAUCGCGGACCAGCUGUUAUGCUAUACUUAAUGGAAUUAAUGAGCGAUAGUUAAUGUACAGUGUCACCGAGUGCCGUAGAUAAAUUUACUUUAGUAAAGGUACGAAGUGGCAGUAUUUAAUGAAACUGGAAUCUCAUUAAAGAAUAGGGGAAGUAGAUGUCUGUGAUGUUCAUUGACUUAGAUUUGUGUUUGUGAUAUGUUUCGUUUUGUUAUUUAUUUACUCCGGUGAUUGUUGUACUUAUUCUUAGAUGUGGUUAGAUAUUGUAAGGCAAUAAUUUAUUUGGUCAACAUUACAAAUUCCGAUAAAAUGGUUAUUUAAAGUUUUACUGAGGAGAACAUCGUGCAUAGUAAUAAUGAGAAUUGUGUGUGUCAAAUAUUUACCUUUUCGCCUUAUUUGAAGGUAAUAAAGCGAAAAAAAAAACUCAAUUGAUAAGUACAGGCCAUGUCAAAAAUAUUAAUUAAGCUUAUAACUAACUCAAAACAUUUUAACACGAACUCUAUCUACUUAUCAUAAAUCGUUAAAACAAAUGUUAUGGCCUCGCGAAACAUCUAAUACAUAGUAAAAUAAUAAGAUUUCGUUACUGCUGCACGAUGUUGUUCCUAGUAAAGGUAGCAUAAGAAUAUAAGGAUGUUCGUUGGACUAUUAUAUAAGACAUGAUCUUGAUGCCGUCUGAAUAUCUAAAACUUCCUAUUUACCUGAAAUUCAAAAGUACCUUAUAAUACUCUGUUUGAAAUAGCAUAAUGUUGAAACUAGUCAGUUUUGUUAGAGCUGUGUUCUAUUUUAUCUGGAUAAAUGCAGUUAUUUUUGGACAAGAUCCUACUAGAAAAUUAUUUUCUUAUUCCGACGUUUACUUUCUUGGAAACAGUAUCAGGCUAUGUACAUUCCAAUUAUUAGUGAAUAAGUAAUAAGUUCUGCUUGAUGUCGAAUUCCAGUGAUCUCUGGUUUGUUCUCAAACUUUCUUUACAAACGUUUCAAACGCUGGCCACUCUGUAAUAAAGUAACUACUUACCUAACUAGCGUAGAAUUUUAAAACGACAGUCAAAUAUUUUAAAAAUAUCGAGUAAUCGACCGUUAGGCAAUGAGUGGCAUAAAAACGAAGAGAAGCUAAGUAAUACAGUCGCCAUCUAAUCGGAACGGCCAAGCUGAUCACAAAUAUCUGAACACGCCUCUAUUGUCAAGGCGUAAGCCGCGUUUUCACUUAGUGCUAUGAGCAAACAUUUUGUUUAGAGUAAAUGUUUGCUCUUCCUAUUUACUAUUGGAUCAACUGUUUCCAUUUUCCGAACGAACGAACGAACGAUUGUUUGCUCAGAACUGUUCAGAGCAAAAAGUGAAAACGUGGCUUUAGGAGUGCGUGUUCAGAUAUUUUUGAGUGCCUUCGCUGCUCCGAUAUAUCUGAUGGCGACAGUACAUACUUCCCUACCUAGGUAGAAGAUUAAAAGACUAGUUAGACCAAGUGGCUCCAUUCUCUUUUUAAAAUCUGUUUAAUUGCAGCGCAUCUCCCUCACACCUAUAAGAAGUACUGCUGUUAAAUUGAGACAAGAGAAUUGAUAUUUCUGGAGUUUGAAACGCUGUAACCUGAGAAUCACCCCUCUGAUAUUAUAGCAUAACUUUGAUAUUUGGAACGUGUGGUGUCAUAAUAAUCGAAGGUAUUACUGAUCAGGUACCUCUUCUAAUAUUACCUACUCAUGUAAUUCACGUUUGUUAAUUACUCAAUUGUAAAUAUACCCAAUUAUUAAAAAAGACUUUCGUAUACA